AUGGCAUAUCUUGAUCAAUUUUUUUUGAAUGGUGGUAAAUCCAGUGAGAAUCUUACAUAUGACGAGUCAAUACAGCCCUUUUAUCCACCCUUGCAAACUUUUAAGAUGUCAUUAACAGACCAGCUAAGGGCCUUAGCAGUCCCGAUUACAUCUAGCUAUGUAGUUGACAGUGUUAACCGCAAGUCUUUGAUUUAUGAAGAUGCUUCAAAAAUCGACACUCAGUCUUGUUAUUCAAGCUGUUUAAAGUCGUUUGAAAAACUAUGUAAAAUGGAAAACGCUUUUACCUCAUUUGCCAGUACAUUGUUUUCUGUGACGUCAUGUCAACUGGAAAUGUGCAAUCUCUUACGUCAGAAAAAGCAAAACUCGACACCGAAAUCUCCAAGUUCCUAUGUUACAUUUCUUCUUUCCUUAAACAUUUUGUUGCUAUUUCAGAUUCAUAUACAUUAUGUUGAAGAUUUUAUUCGCUGCAUCAUUCCAUAUCAUGAAACUGGUCUAUUCGUUAAAUUUAUUCAAAUUUUAAAUUUUCAGCAGUUACCUUCUUGUUUCCAGUGGUUAAAACCAUAUGCUGAAAGUGGUAAAGGCAUAUCACGGCAAGAAUUCGCUCGACUAUGUAUCCGAGAACAUACCCUAAUUCCAUUUAUAUGCACAGCCAUUCUUAAUUAUACGGAAUGUUGCCGCGAUUUGGUGCCAACAAGACUUAACGAUAUGACUAAUUUUUUUUUGGGAAUUGUAACCGCGUUGUGUGAUUCUGGUGUGCCUGAGAAAAAACUUAUCAAGAUAUUGGACUCUUUUCAGGAUGUUAUAAAACACGGAUUGCAAUCUACGAAUAUAGUUCCUUUUCAAUGCGCCACAUUUUUGGUCGUAAUACGUUUCAGUUUGAAGUUGUUAAUUAAUCGAGAACUAGUUCUCGAUUGGAUAUCUUGUAUUUUGAAGAAAACUCGACCUUCUUGUGAGUGGGAAUCAAUGCGUAUUGUAAUCCAACUGAUGCGAAAUCAGCGUAUUCCUUUGUUACCUCCAAAACUUACUGAGCGUCAGAAUGUCUUACUUUCCAAACUAUCUCCUGAAGAACAACGCAUAAUUGAAGAAGAACAGUCGGCGCUAGUCAAUGAAUAUAAUGAUCCUAAUAAGUUAGCGGCGGAGUGUAUGCAGAAGUUUGAUUAUGUUCAAAAAGCUACACAGUUUGUUGAUGUUGAUAUAAAAAGCCUUGGAUCAAAAAUAACGGAACAAAAAAAUUCUGAUGAUAUUUUAUUGAAAGAAGAGCUCAAGUUGAAAAUCGAUGAAAUUCAUGCAUUCUUGUCGAGCAUCCCUAAUGUAGGCUGCUGUGUAAUGAAUUGCACUUUAUCUUGUCCUAGCGGACCUUUACCAAAUUCUGAGUGUUGGUUAUCUGAUGUGUUACUUGAAAUAUUUUCUGAUGAAUGUUUUGGUAACAAUAAUUCUGAUCAGCAUAAAAUACAUUAUAAAAAAGUAGAAAUACGACAUUAUAUUCGAUUACUAAGAUUGGUUAAGUCUUCCAUAAAGGUUCACGUUGAUUCUAGUAAAUAUGCUCAGGGGAUGGUAGUUGCAUCAGGUACACCGAAGCCAAAAUGUUCCCGUAAAUCAAUGUCGUCUUCAUUUGGUUUGUUACAGAAAGGCAUUGACAAAGUUUUACCACUCUUAGUUGCUUGCUUGUCACAUCCUGCUGCUACUAUUCGCGUAGAGGCGUACGAUAUCUUACACUUUUGGCUCAAGAAUGAUUUAUCAAAAGAUCUGGAACGCAUGCCGAAUUUUUCUACCUUUUGCUCAAAUUUCGAUUUGACUUCGGAUUUUUCAGCUCACAUAGAUGAGCUGUUUCCCGAGGAAGUAAGAGAAUUGCUCCUAGGCGAUCCACUCUACUCAUUAAACAAAGUAGCUUCUGUCCUGAUCAAGGCUGUUGUUCGCCUGUUAUUCAGUCAAACAUUGAACUUGGGUACCUCAGAGGCUUGCCCGGAAAGUAAAUUUUCCAUAGUUUGCUGGAAGAUUGGCCUACGUUUACUAAAUGAGGAUACCGUCGGUGAUAUUCUUCUUAUUCCGAGUAGUUCAAAUGAAGAAUUUGUCAGAGGCUGGUCUGGAUUUCUAAAUUUGAUACAGUGCUCCAACAUUCAUUUAAUCGAUCUACAUCAUAUAUGUUUAUCACGUCUUAAUCCAGCAUUAUUUGCAUCUUUAGAACAUUCUCCUCUUUCAAUGGGUUGUAUUAAAGAGAGAACAUCGAUUUUGCGGAAAUCAACUGGCUGUUUGCAAACUCUCAAUAGAAAUGUGUCAAGCACAGAUCCUUAUCAGGGACCCCAAUUUAGUAUCCUUGACGCUUUAUAUAAGCUUGGUCAUAAUAAUGUGCAGACUGAUUUCGAUUCCGUUCACAAAGUAUUUUCUCGUCUUCAUCUAAAUGCAGUCCAUUUCGAUUAUAUGUUCAUCAGAUCAGAUCCGUCAAGAACAGUUGGUGGCGACAGCAGGUCAUUAUUUGCUCGAGUUACUGAAGCCCGAGAAUCUCGUCGACGUAGUUUACGACUACGGAAAACCAGGGAGGCUGAUUUGGAAUUAUUAAAUGAUGAUAAGAAAGCCUAUUCAGAAAGAAUUCGCUUACGAUUUCUUAGUAUGUUAUUGUCUAUUUUAACUGAAGCUAAUAAAUCGAAAUCUGUUGAUUUGAAUACAUCACUAACAACUGUAGAUACAAAAUCACCAAAUAUUGGCGUAAAGAAAAUAAAAGAUCACAAUUUGCCGAUGAAUGAUCUGAUCACUCCAUUAGUUAAUCAUCUUACAAGCAUAUUAAACAUGGAACGGAAUUUGAAACAAAUAGAAGCAAAUGCAAAUCAAACAAAUGUUCUCCCAGAGUUGAUACAGAUAGUGAUCUAG